UUAGCUGCGCCGUGCUGAGCCGGUGGGAGCAGAGUGUGAGGCUCGGGGUUCAUGGUGUUUAUUGGGAUUAUUCCUGGUUCCAGAUCAGGAGGAACAAUCUGAGUUUGAGAAAAAGGACAUUUACUUUUCUGCAAAGGAGUGGGACUGUUUAAAUCAAGAAGAUCUAGUGGUGGAGAAUUACCAGACCUUCGGCUCUCUGGGUGUUUCCACCAGCAGAAUUUAUCCCAAAGAAUAUGACAAAAACAGAAAAGCACAAAGCAAGAUUAUGAAGAAAUCUUUUAAGGAUCAAGUAUUCAAACUCUCUGAAUCCUAUAUGUCUACAAAUUAGCUAGAAAACAAAAAAAAUCACAUGUUCUAACUGUGAGAAAUGUUUUACCCAUUACUCUUUAGGCUUCACACAGAGGAGAUGCCUUUCUCAUGUUUUGUAAAUGGGGAAAGGGUUUUUAACUAAGUCAGAUCUUAUACAUCACAAAACUCACACAAGAGAGAAGCCGUUCUCCUGUUCUUAAUGUGGGAAAUGUUUUGGAACUAAAUCAAACCUUAUUCCACAUUUGAAAACUCACACAGGAGAGAAGCCGUUCUCAUGUUCUGAAUGUGGGAAAUGUUUUGGAACUAAAUCAGAACUUAUGGCACAUCAGAAAACUCACGCAAGAGAGAAGCCGUUCUCCUGUUCUGAAUGUGGGAAAUGUUUUGGAGCUAAAUCAAACCUUAUUUCACAUUUGAAAACUCACACAGGAGAGAAGCCGUUCUCAUGUUCUGAAUGUGGGAAAUGCUUUGGAACUAAAUCAGACCUUAUUCCACAUUUGAGAACUCACACAGGAGAGAAGCCGUUCUCAUGUUCUGAAUGUGGGAAAUAUUUUCGAACGAAAGCAGAACUUAUGCUACAUCAGAGAACUCACACAGGAGAGAAGCCAUUCUCAUGUUCUGAAUGUGGGAAAUGGUUUAGCCAGCAUUCACACCUUGUUGUACAUCAUAGAACUCACACAGGAGAGAAGCCGUUCUCCUGUUCUGAAUGUGGGAAAUGUUUUGGAACUAAAUCAGACCUUAUUCUACAUUUGAGAACUCACACAGGAGAGAAGCCUUUCUCAUGUUCUGAAUGUGGGAAAUAUUUUCGAACGAAAGCAGAACUUAUGCUACAUCAGAGAACUCACACAGGAGAGAAGCCAUUCUCAUGUUCUGAAUGUGGGAAAUGGUUUAGCCAGCAUUCACACCUUGUUGUACAUCAUAGAACUCACACAGGAGAGAAGCCGUUCUCCUGUUCUGAAUGUGGGAAAUGUUUUGGAACUAAAUCAGACCUUAUUCCACAUUUGAGAACUCACACAGGAGAGAAGCCGUUCUCAUGUUCUGAAUGUGGGAAAUGUUUUGGAUCUAAAUCCAACCUUGCUAGACAUAAGAGAACUCACACAUUAGAGAAGCCGUUCUCCUGUUCUGAAUGUGGGAAAUGUUUUGUAACUGAAUCAGAACUUGUGGCGCAUCAGAGAACUCACACAGGAGAGAAGCCGUUCUCCUGUUCUGAAUGUGGGAAAUGUUUUAGAACUAAAUCAAACCUUAUUUCACAUUCGAAAACUCACACUGGAGAGAAGCCAUUCUCAUGUUCUGAAUGUGGGAAAUGGUUUAGCCAGCAUUCAUACCUUGUUAGACAUCAGAGAACUCACACAGGAGAGAAGCCUUUCUCGUGUUCUGAAUGUGGGAAAUAUUUUGGAACGAAAGCUGAACUUAUGCUACAUCAGAGAACUCACACAGGAGAGAAGCCGUUCUGCUGUUCUGAAUGUGGGAAAUGUUUUGGAUCUAAAUCAAACCUGUUUUCACAUCUGAAAACUCACACAGGAGAGAAGCUGUUCUCAUGUUCUGAAUGUGGGAAAUGUUUUAGCCAGCAAUCAUACCUUGUUGUACAUCAUAGAACUCACACAGGAGAGAAGCCGUUCUCAUGUUCUGAAUGUGGGAAAUGUUUUACCCAGCAAUCAAACUUUGUUGUACAUCAGAGAACUCACACAGGAGAGAAGCCGUUCUCCUGUUCUGAAUGUGGGAAAUGUUUUGUCGAUAGUUCAAAGCUUGUUAGACAUCAGAGAACUCACACAAAAUAGGAAUUUUCUGAUGUUCUGAAGUUGUAAAAUGUUAUAGUUACAUACUGAUUUUAAAAAGUAAAUUUUUUUUUUUUUACAUUUUUUUUUUUAAAUGCAUAGUCAAACAAGAUUACAAUGACAGUUUUACAAGUAUAGGCUUGUUAAUAAAUGAGAGAAGUAGUAGAAAACGUCAUAAGAAACGCUGAAACUUGUAUAGAUCCACAGUCCCUAAAAUAAAGGUCAGGUACAGAGGCUUGCUCAACCCAUGGCAAGUAGAGGCCUAGUGUUGGCACAUAGGAAUAUGAAGCAAAAGAUAAUACGGUAUUGACAUAUAUAUGACAUCAAAUUAAAAUACAACAAACUGCAGAAUUGCUCUUUUAAAUAAGGCAAGUCCCCAGAAUAGUCCCUGCUGCCAAUCUGAGAGGCUUGCGGUAUGUGUCGGUUUUCCACUAUGUGAAAAAAGUUAAAUAUAAGGGAUAUCGGGCGCUCCAACCAAAUAAUAAAAGAGCAGCCUAAAAACCACUCCAAGUGUAUUGUCACCAAGUGCACUAAUAUAAAAUCAGAAAUACCACAGAAAAAAAGUGUCAAAGUGCACACUGUAAAAACUCUUUACCUUUCAAUGUGAUGGGUCUUUUUCUUGCUAGAACGCUAAGUCAUAUAAAUACAAAACAGAGGAACCAUAGUGUAACCUGUAUACAUAAAUAUAACAAUGAUACAAUAAAAAUCACUCUUUACUAAAAAUGGCUAUUAUCAUUUAUCCAGCCAACCGGGAGGGUGGUCAAUUAUUUCCUGUAGCAAGUGGAGUUGAUGGAGGCUUUAUUUAAGGGGUACCCUCGAAGGCACAAGUUGAUAGGGACUUAGUUUAUGGGAACAUCCAUAGUCCCACAUAUUUUUUAUAUUUUCCGGCGUAUAAGACGACCCCCAACUUUUCCAGUUAAAAUAUAGAGUUUGGGAUACACUCGCCGUAUAAGACUACCCCUCUUCCAAUGCACACCAAAUAAAAAUUAGCCAUGAUGUACAGGGAGCACACAGAGCUACAUAGCAAGAC